CACAUCUUCAGCUCAGUGUUGAGGGGAAACAUCGGGCUUGUGCUUCGGAAUUGUGGUGUCGUUUGUGUCUGUCGGUCGCUUUGCCGAUUGGAGGAAUUUGGUAUUUGAGUAAGAGAGAUCGUAAUGUUUAUGGUACAUGUGAGCGAAACGAUGAAGACCUCCAAUAAGGGAUGAGGAAGAUGUUUGAUAGCCGAGACUUAAUGUGCUUGCGACACUGCAAUAAAACCAUUUUUUCAUACGACGUCUUAGUCCAAUGUCCCAUUUGCUGCAAAUCUUUGGGCGAAAGUCUAGACGAAACACCAUUCACGUUGCCGUGUCCAUUUGUCCGGGCAUAUCAACAUCCCUGUUCGAUUGUUCUUCGACCGUCUGUGGGAGAUUUUUUGAGCUCAUUUCAAAAUCAAAAUAAUCUACACAUUGGAUUAACAUCAUCCAAUGGAACGAUCUAUGAGUUCGACGUUAAAGGUUUAGUGAAAACACCAUUCAAUAAUAGGACCGUGGCCUUGAAAGACGAAAGCUGGGACCAAUGUCUUGUAAUUGCUCAAGUACCCGAAUCGUGGUACGACCGAUGGGACGAGGUGUUGGAACAGAUUUCAACUGAUCAGUCGUGGAGUGAAGAGAUGUACGAGAAAGACUCCCACAACUGCUACACAUUUGUAUUAGGCUUUCUGAAAGCACUGGAGUAUGGCGAAUUUUCGGCGCUUUGUCAUGACAAAUUGUUGUUUAGUGAGAAGAUCGUGGCUUCCAAAACACAAAAUGCUGCUAAGUACAUCACCAUUCAUCGCAAGCUUCAAGGAUGCAAUUAUUUCACCGAAGAACAGGAAUGAGAAACUAUGGACUGAUAGUAGUAACAAGAAACUGACUGUGAUCCGUAAGCCGUAUUUCUAUGUGGAGCUAUCCGAAGCUUUGUAUUAUCUUUUGUAAUAAAAGUGAUUUGACUGUAA